UUUUUGACAUCCGCUAACCAGAAGGAAAACAUUACGUGGCCGAAGGAGAGACAACGAACCCGAUUAUGUGAAUUUAUGUGAUUUUUAUGUGAUCUUUGUCAUUUUUCUUGAUCGCGUUGUCACAAGCAAGAGUUUCGACCAGAGCAGCAUGGAGGGAUGGUAACACUUAUUCUCCCCAUCUGUAAUAUCCCUUUUUUGAAAGAGAGCACCUUAAGAUGACGCGACUGAAGGCAUGGUGGGUGGUCCUCCUGGUGACCCUUGCUUGUGUAGUGCUGGUGUCCGCAGAAACAACACCAACAACGCUAAUCAGUGCUGAUGACCAGGAACAGGUUGAAGUCGAAAAGAACCCAGAAUCGACUGAGACACUAAACGAAGAAGGAGAUGGUGCCAGCAGAGAAGAGGGUGCGGAGGAGAAGGACGGAGAGACCACAGAUGACAAGGAACCCAAAAAGCCAUUGACGCCAAAGGAAAUCAGAGCGAACGAGUUGUACGAUGCGGCCAUGGCCAUCUUGAACCAGACAAAGCAGGAUGAGAAGCAUGCCUACACAUUCUUGCAGUCGGCAGCAGAGUUGGGGCACACAGAGGCUCUGCAGAAGGUGGCCUGGGCACGCCUGCUGGGGAAGCACCUCAAGCAGAACAUCACGCAAGCCGUAGAAAUCUUUGAGAGCUUAGCCAUGCAAGGCAAUGCUGAUGCUCAAAUGGGAUUGGGCUUCAUGUAUGCCACAGGAAUUGGGAAAAAUUCAAGCCAGGCAAAAGCACUUGUGUAUUACACAUUUGGUGCACUGGGUGGCAGCCAAUGGGCACAGAUGGCCUUGGCCUACAGAUACUGGUCAGGCAUUAGUGUAGCUUCAAACUGCGAGACAGCCCUUACCUAUUACAGGAAGGUUUCACAUACAGUUGCAGACGAGGUUUCCUUGACCAGGAAUCGCGUAGUGCAGAGAGUACGUCUGUUGGAUGAAGUCGACAGCCCAGGAUCCCUGUCAACGCCAUUGGAUGACGAUCUCAUUCAAUACUAUCAGUUCCUUGCUGAGAAAGGAGAUGUACAGGCUCAGGUGGGUUUGGGUCAGCUUCAUUACCAAGGUGGCCGAGGGGUGGAACAGGACCACCAGCGAGCACUUAACUACUUCGUACAAGCUGCAGAGGCAGGCAAUGCAAAUGCCAUGGCCUUUCUUGGCAAGAUGUACCUGGACGGUAGCUCUGUCGUGAAGCAGAGUAACGAAACUGCCCUGAAGUACUUCAAGCGUGCAGCAGAUCAGAAUAAUGCUGUAGGUCAGAGUGGUCUGGGCUUGAUGUACCUGCAUGGUUGUGGGGUUCCUCAAGACUACCAGCUAGCACUCAAGUACUUCACAUCAGCAGCCGAGCAAGGAUGGGUCGACGGCCAGCUACAACUGGGCAACAUGUACUUCAGUGGAAUGGGUGUGCGGAGGGACUACAAGAUGGCCAUCAAGUACUUCAACUUAGCCUCCCAGUCUGGUCAUGUUUUGGCUUUCUACAACCUGGCUCUCAUGCAGGCCUCGGGCACAGGGAUGGUCCGUUCAUGCCACACUAGCGUUGAGCUAUUCAAAAAUGUUGCCGAGAGAGGAAAGUGGGGAGAGAUGCUGAUGGAAGCUCAUUCAGCGUAUUGGGAUUCUCGACACACACAAGCGCUUGUGACAUACAUGUUACUUGCUGAGCUAGGGUAUGAGGUUGCUCAGAGCAAUGCUGCCUUUCUCCUUGAUAGACAUGAAACAGAACUUUUCAAGAGAGAGGAGAGCUUAGCCAGAGCACUCAUGUACUGGGGCCGUGCAGCAUCCCAAGGCUAUGCAGUUGCAAGAGUGAAACUGGGUGAUUAUCAUUACUAUGGCUAUGGAACAUCAGUGGACUAUGAGACAGCCGCUGCCCACUACAGGCUGGCUUCAGAGCAACAGCACAAUGCUCAGGCUAUGUUUAACUUGGGCUACAUGCAUGAGCAAGGGCUUGGUUUGAAACAGGACAUGCACCUUGCCAAACGUUUCUAUGAUAUGGCUGCAGAAGCAAGUGCUGAUGCGCAGGUGCCUGUUGCUCUGGCAUUGGCCAAGCUGGCACUUCUUUUUACCUUCAAGUAUUUGGAAGAUUUCAAAUGGACGCAGCUGAGCAAGGGCAGCAUAGAAGAGUUCCUCGGCCCGGACUGGGACAUCUACCUCAUGGCAGUCCUCUCUGUCAUCAUUGCCAUGCUUAUUCUCUUCAGAAGGCCACCCCCACCAUUGGCCAUGUAAACGCCAUCUUCAGUUGCGCCGUUUAAAGCUGCGGGAACGCUGAAUCCUAAGCCAAGUGGAUUUGAAGAGUCUGGAAAUUCAGUUUGGCAAUCUUCAUCCUCAUUUUGAUUAAGUGUGCUGCCAGCUCAAGCUUUUGGUUGACUGGUCUAGGGCUCAAGGAGGGGAUCCAGUCCCUGUUUGUCGUAUUCCGAAUGAUUUUGUGCAAUAAAGUCAUCAGGCAAAAUUGACGUUUUGAGGCCAAGGGAGACGGCACCUCUUCCUUGAAGAUUUGAAGGUUGAUUGAACAUUGGCUAUUCAGAUAAAUCUUCAACUUACGUUUAUCUUUCUUUUCUUUUUUUUAUAUUUCUUUUUUUUUAAGAUUUGGGUGGUUAUUGGUUGUAAUGAUAUAUAUUUUUUUUUCUUUUGUAAUCUUGCAUUAGUGGAGGAUAGCAUAAAUGUUGUCCAGAAGAUGUAAACUUUCAAGAAAAGAAGAAAAAAAAAAAAAAAGUUGUAUAAGAUAUAUAUAUAUAUAUAUACGCAAGGACUUUUAUUGUGCUAGAAUUUGUCCUUGAAGUAUUUUCAUCUCGCUACUGGGGUUUGUUAUUUCUGUUUGACAUAUAUGUAUUUGAAAUGGGUUGCACAUAAUUAUAUAUAUAUAUAAAAUAAACCGAGGGAAGUGUAGUUAUUAUAUUUAUUUCAUCUAUGGCGGUAUUCACCUAUGUAGUUGAUUUCAAGGUUCACAGGAUGUGGCCUCUAUCAUCGGGACAGUCCAGUUUCUAUAGAGGGCGUUCUUUAAAAGAUGUGUAUAUACAAACUACUGUAAAUGACUGUCCUGUAUGGCUUGACUAAACUGAUUGUCUUUUUUCCAAAUCACAAUCACCAGUGGGAUGGGUUACGUUUUCCUUCAUGUGGAUGUAUAGACUUUUUUUUUUUUUUUCCCCAAUUUUCAAACCUUUCCCAGUUUUCAAACAUUACAUCAUCACUAGUCACUUAUAGUAGGAAGAUCUUUUUUUUUUUUUUUUCUUUUCUUGGUUCUUCAUUCUUAUUAAUGUUGUUUCUUUUAUUAGUUGGAUAUGGUAUGGAAGCGUGAAUACUGGUUUACUCUUACCAUUUAUUUUUUUUCUCCUCUUGCCAGAAAUUGGAAGAAGCAAAAUAUGUUCCGAAUUUUGUUGUUGGAUUUUGUGUGCAUGUGUGUGUAUGUUUGUGUGCAUGGGCCUGUAUGUAAGUCAAAUUAUGAUUUCUGUAUAAACAUCAUGUACAGAUUACCAAGUGAAAAGUUAAUAACUGCAGUUAGAACUUUAUAAAUUUAUUGUUAAGUUCACUGUAAAAAAAAAAAAUGAAAAAUAAAAGAUAGUUCGUAUAUAA